AUGCUAGAAGCCAAACUAGUGGCGACAGUAGCCUCCGGCUGUUCCGGGCUAGCCAUUCUGGCAUGUGUCAUCAUGGUACCUCAACUGUACUACGACAUCAACGACAUAUACGACGAGGUUCAACAAGGUGUUCAGUCGUUCCGCGUGGAAACCGACCAGGCCUGGACUGAUUUGAUGGACGUCCAGCUGUCAGUCCAACCACCAGCCAAACCACGACCCAACCCAUUCCAGUCCAUCUUUCAGCGUAAAAAGCGUCAAGACUAUUCCAGACUUCCAAGCUUUUGCCAAUGCGAGCCAGUCAAGCCCAACUGCCCACCUGGACCACCGGGACCAGCUGGAGAGCCUGGACCAAAAGGUGAGCCCGGUCAACAAGGACCACCUGGAGAAGUGGGAGAGAAUGGUCCUACUAUGGAGUGCCCAGCCGCUGAUACUAGCUGUCAAUCAUGCCCAGCCGGUCCACCUGGCCCACCAGGACCGGACGGUCCAGAAGGACCAGCCGGUUCAAACGGAGAACGUGGUCAAGCCGGUCCAACCGGUAAACCUGGUCUGCCUGGUGCACCAGGACCGAUCGGAGAUGCGGGACCAGCCGGUGAAGCUGGGGCACCUGGUCCGGCCGGUUCACCAGGUCAAGAUGCUCAACAUGAAACCUCACAGCCUGGUCCACCCGGACCUGCUGGCGCGCCGGGACCAGCUGGUCCUGCCGGUCCAAAUGGAAACUCUGGUCAAGCUGGUGCACCUGGAGCUCAGGGACCACCUGGAGCGCCAGGAAGUCCUGGAGAUAACGGUCCGGCUGGUCAACCGGGUAGUGCUGGAGGUCCUGGACUGCCUGGAACUGACGCCGCUUAUUGUCCUUGUCCUAGCCGCUCAUCGGUUUAUGUUCAACAGAAUCAGAAUUACAAAAGAUUCUAG